AUGUUUGCCCACGGAGUCUUCAGUUGGCUUCCAUUGUCGCUCUGUGCUCGAUGCGUCAGCAAUCCAUUGCGGUUGUUGUUGUUGGACCCUCUUUGGCAGUUGUUGAGGCCGUUGGCGAUGGGCACUGUUCGUGUUUGUGACUGGUAUGUGCACGUCCACGUCCAACAGCCGUUCCCGUCGUUUUCUUGUGCUCGGUCCGUAAAGGACGUGACGUACGUACAUUCAACAAGACCCUGUGCAACGUUGAUCCCCUCUUGCCCGGUGCGAUGGGGGAGACAACAAUGCACAACCAUGACUAGAAGAAACAAGAGGAACACGUUUAUCAGAGACCUGGAGACCCUCCCCAAGGAUCUAAUAAUUGAGAAUGAAAGAGGUGCCACCAUUUUGGGGUACCCUCUCUUUUCGCCAAGAUUACUGAUCCCUCAUAUUGACCCGCCGCAAUUUCAAAUGAUUAUUCCUGAAACGGGCACUUUGCAAUGUAUUUCCAAUGACAUUAUUAGCUCCUUCCAUCAACUGUACCCCUUCGGGUACGAUGAGGAGCAGGAACAGGCUCAGAAGAAGUGGUUCGUCAUGAUGGAUUUCAAAAAUAGAUACGAUAUGGACGAUCAAGGUUGGUGUUAUAGUUGGACUUUCAACAACGAACGAUGGAAAUCGAAGAAUGGAAUCGUCAGAAGAAGAGUUUGGGUCAGAUUGUCAACUACUGACACAUCCAUUGAUUAG